AUGGCCAGCAGUAGUUCAUCUACUUUAUUAUCAACGGUCAUUCCACCAGCACCCGUUUUCUUUUACAAAUUAAGAUCUCCACAUGUUAGAUUUGCAUCUUUGAGGCAUUGGUAUUCACGUUCAGAACAAACAUUAGAAGCAUCAGAAGCAAGAUUAUUAUCAAGGUUGGCGUUCUUUACGAUAGGUGGUAAAACGGUAAAUUCACCAGAAAAUUCAAAAACAUUGGCAAGGGUGGGAUUGGUCGACUUGGAUGGUGAUGGGAUGAGAAAGAUCAAUACAUUGGUCAUAGAUCAGAAAGGAAACGACUUCGACAUUGAUAAAGAUGGAUCAAUAGAUGAAACCUUAAAUUAUGAGCAACUUGGAUUCACUGAAAUUCCGCAAACGGAUUUGAAGAUCCAAUCAAAUACAACGACAGUAGAUGAAGAGAAAAAUCCUUCGAUUAAAAAUUUGGUAAUGUGUCAUGGGUUUGGAGGGGGACUUGGAUUUUUUUAUAGGAAUUAUCAUGGAUUAAGUCAAGUACCCGGGUGGAGAAUUUAUAGUAUAGAUUGGUUGGGGAUGGGUAGAAGUUCUCGACCACAGUUCAUUAUAAAGGGGAAAUCCGUUGAUGAAUAUGUUCAAGAGACCGAAAAUUUUUUUAUUGAAUCAUUUGAAAAAUGGAGAAAAAUUCAUAAAAUUGAUAAAAUGACCCUAUUGGGUCACAGUUUAGGAGGAUAUUUAGCAGCGGUAUAUGCUAUAAAAUAUCCUAUGCACGUAGAAAAACUGAUAUUGGUUUCCCCGGUUGGUGUACCAAGAAAUCCACAAAAUGAUCCGAGAUACUUUAAGGAUGGUGGAAGAAAAAUUCCUGGAUGGAUCGUAAAGUUAUGGAAUGCCCAUCUCACUCCACAGUUAAUAUUGCGUUGGUUAGGACCAUUCGGUCCGUCCCUUGUUACGAAAUAUACCGCACAUAAAUUUUCUCACCUUGAAGAAAUCGAUCAAUUAGAUUUGCAUGAUUACCUUUAUCACAUUUCCACUGCCGCGGGUAGCGGAGAAUUUGCCAUUACAAGAAUUCUUGAACCCGGUGCUUAUGCUCGUAAACCAUUAAUUGAUAGAUUGUAUGAAAUACAAAUGCCCACCACAUUCUUGUAUGGUGAAGAUGAUUGGAUGGAUUAUCGUGCCGCCGAGGAAGCCAAAGAUUUAAUGAGAGUGUUCGUUAAAAUUGAGAGAGUUCCAAAAGCUGGUCAUCACCUUUAUCUUGACAAUCCUACCGAGUUUAAUAGAUUGGUGAUCAAAGAGAUGUUGGAAGGUUCUAUUAAUAAUUAA